AUGGAUGACAAUGGUGAAACAGAGGUAUCGUUGUUAUCCCCAAAGAGGUUGAGGGGAAAAGUUGCAGUUAUAACGGGUGGUGCAAGAGGAAUAGGAGCAGCAACUGCAAGAGUUUUUGCUGAAAAUGGAGCUCAUGUUGUGAUUGCAGAUAUACUGGAUGAAGUAGGUGCAAGUCUAGCUGAUUCUAUUGAAGGUCGCUAUGUGCACUGUGAUGUCUCUAAAGAAGAAGAAGUGGAAUCAGCUGUGAAACAAGCAGUGGAAUGGAAAGGCAGAUUGGACAUCAUGUUCAACAAUGCUGGAAUUGCAGGGUUUGGAGGGAGCAUUACCAACAUCAAAAUGGAUAAGAUGAUGACACUUCUUGCUAUAAAUCUGAACGGGGUCGUGCAUGGGGUCAAGCAUGCUGCACGGACAAUGAUAGCAGGCAAGCAUGGAGGCACAAUCAUAUGCUCAUCAAGCUCGGCUGCUAUCAUGGGAGGCCUAGCAUCUCAUUCCUACACAAUGUCAAAAGAGGCAAUCCUAGGGCUUGCCCGAAGCACAGCGUGUGAGUUGGGGGUUUACGGGAUUCGAGUGAACUGUAUUUCUCCUCAUGGUGUCCCUUCCGAGAUGCUUGUGAAUGAAUAUCGGAAGUUUCUUGGUAAUAUGGAGCUUAGGCCUGAUGAAGUAAGCUCAAUAGUGGGGGAAAGAGGGAGUCUUCUGCAUGGGAGAGGUGGAAGAUUGGAAGAUGUUGCACAAGCUGUGUUGUUUCUUGCCAGUGAUGAAUCUGGUUUUAUAACUGGGCACAAUCUGGUCAUUGAUGGGGGUUACACUUCUGCUUGUAGUCAAAUGAGUUUCAUAUACCAAGACUGA